UCUAGUUGCUAAUUUAUGGCAACGCUUUCUUUUGGUCUUCAGGUUUCGAGUCUGUUGGUUCUUCAGGAGGAAAAACGACACUUCUUCAUCCACUCCAUUGAUACACAAAUCAAGAAACGGACUCUCUCUGCUGUGGUUCAGUACCAAGGGGAUCAUGACGCAGCCCGCAGCCUCCAGAGUGAUUUUUCCCUUCAGGGCAACACAGAUAACUUAGAGGUUCCAGUCCUGCAUUUCCCAUCAUCCAGUGAAGGACUGAGGAGGAAAAAGAGAGAAUGGGUUGUUCCUCCCAUAAAUAUUGCAGAGAAUUCCAGAGGACCUUUCCCUAUGCUUGUUGUACAGAUUCGUUCUGAUGCUGAUAAAUCUAAAAAGAUCCAUUACAGCAUCACUGGUCCAGGAGCAGAUCAGCCUCCUAUAAAUCUUUUCACCAUAGACAGCACCACUGGUGCUCUGUAUAUAACACAAGCACUGGACAGAGAGAGAAAAGACAGAUAUCAGUUAAUGGUACAUGCUGCGGCGGACGGUUCAGCCUCUGCUGAGGAGCCUAUGGAGAUUGUUAUAAAUGUAAUUGAUCAGAAUGACAACAGACCUAUUUUCACCUUCUUGGGAAAUGUGGCCGAGUCUUCAUCAAUAGGUUUUGAGGUGAUGAAGGUUACGGCUACAGAUGCUGAUGAGCCAAACAGUGUCAACUCAGAUAUCCGUUAUCGCAUUGUGAGCCAGGAACCUCAGCAACCAAGUCCAUCCAUGUUUGUCAUAAACCCAACUACUGGAGCCAUCAGAGUCAGUGCUGCUGGACUGGACAGACAGAAAUACCCUGAGUAUACCCUGGAGGUAGAAGCAGCAGAUAUGAGCGGGGAGGGACUUAUUGCAUUAACAAAAGUAAUCAUCUCUGUAACUCCUGGCACUGAGCUCCCUGCUGCACAAGGAGGAGGGAGGAGCAGGAGGGAUGCAGAUCCCAAGAUUCAUCAUUCUUCUUCAGAGGACAUGUUCCCAAAUCUGUUACCUCUUCCAUCUGAAGAAGGGAUGAGGAGAAGGAAGAGAAGCUGGGUUAUUCCUCCCCUCAGUGUUGCUGAGAAUAGCAGAGGACCAUUUCCUCUAAAACUUGCUCAGGUCCGCUCUGACAGAAGUAAAGUGACGAAAAUCAUUUACAGGCUCCGUGGUCCAGGAGCUGAUCAGCCACCUGUAGGCCUUUUCAUUGUAGACACCGACUCUGGUUGGUUGGAAGUCACACAAGAACUGGACAGAGAGAACCAGGACAAGUACACAUUAGAAGCACUUGCAGUGGAAGAAGGACAAGCUGAAGCAUCGGAGACCAUUGAAAUAAUUGUGAAUGUAAUCGAUCAGAAUGACAACAAACCAGUUUUCAGCAGAGACACCUAUAAAGGAGAAGUGCCUCAGUCCUCAGCUGAAGGCUUUGAGGUGAUGACGGUUCAGGCCACGGAUGCUGAUGAGGAAAAUUCUGACAACUCCGAUGUCUGCUAUCGCAUUAUAAGACAAGAACCUGAAGAACCAAAUCCUUCCAUGUUUGCAAUUAAUAAGGAUACUGGGCUUAUUACAGUCAAUGCUACAGGCCUGGACAGAGAGAAACACCCGCAGUACACACUCACAGUGGUAGCUGCUGACAUGAGAGGCGAGGGGCUGAUUGGAAGAGCCAAAGUCAUCCUAACUAUAACUGAUAGUUCUUCUCCUAGUGGCUGGGUUAUUCCUGACAUUACAGUUCCUGAGAACGGAAUUGGACCCUUUCCUUUACAGCUAGCUCAGAUCCGCUUUAAUGAGGAGGAAACAAAGAAGAUCCUUUACAGCAUCAGUGGACCAGGAGCAGAUCAGCCUACUGUUGGUCUUUUUACCAUGGACCAAAACACUGGUGCUCUGUAUGUAACACAGGGACUGGACAGAGAGAACCAGGACAAGUACACAUUGCAGGUACAUGCUGUGGCAGAGGAUGGAGGGACGACAGUAGGACAGACACAGGCUGUGGUCAAAGUUACCGACCAGAACGACAACAUACCUGUUUUUAAUAAAGUCACCUAUGAGGGAGAAGUGCCUGAAGCCUCACCUGCAGGUUUUGAGGUUAUUAAAGUGGAGGCCACAGAUGCUGAUGAGCCAAAUACUGACAACUCAGAGAUUCGCUACAGCAUUAUAAGCCAGGAACCAGCAGAACCCUCCAUGUUUACCAUCGACCCAGUUUCUGGAGCCAUCACUCUUAAUACUGGCGGACUGAAUAGAGAGAAACACCCUCAGUACACUCUGCAGGUCAAAGCAGAAGACUCUGCUGGCAAAGGCAGCACUACUUUAUUUGCACAAGUUAAAGUAAUUCUGACCGUGACAGCAAACUCUGCGUCCCAGGCUGGUGAAGCAAAGAGGAGGAGGAAGAGAUUUUCCACAGCUCCAUUAUCUGUCAUGGAGAACUGAAAAGGACCCUAGUGAUUAAAGCUUACUCGGACGAAGCUCCAGCUGCCAGAUGGCUUUGUGCUCAGUCACUUCAGAGAUUCUGAAUAGAACUGAGGUCUUCCUACAUGAUGAGCUCUUCUGCUCCGGAGGAAACCUGACGUCAACAUUUCUCUGUGUGAAAGGUGUGCUUAAAAAGAAUCUUAGCUUCUCUCCAUUUAAUCUUAGUUGGACUGUCUUUGCAGGUUUUCUUUUCCCUGAAGGUGAAACAAGAAUGUGAUAUGUCUGCAGCUGUUAGUAUUGGGUAAAGGUUAAAGUUGCUUCUAAUUAUUUGUUCCUCUACAUUGUCUAUAUGGAAUGACUACAAUAACAGGAACUAGAUGGUGACGUACCUGUAUGAUUUAUAGGGCCCUCCAUUAAUUUGUCAUGAAAUAAUACAGUGUGAUAUGUAAUCUGAUCCAUUUGAAUGUUCUUUAAGAACUUUUAAAGGAACAUUCAGUAAAUGCAAAUUUAGAAAGCGUAAUGUUGCCUUGUUAUAAGACAUCCAAUAUUUGCCCAUCUUUAAGAUGUGUGUGUUGGUGAUUAGCAUUAAGCAUCAUGAGGGGUCAAUCUAAGCAUAGACAUGUUCAAUAAAUUAGAAUAUUGAAAAUUUUA